AUGACGAGAGACCAAGAGGAGUCACUGCUUGCUCAUGCGGUGCAUUUCACUAAUCAGCAGAUUCCUCGCAGUGGUGAAGUGCGUCAGUUGUGGAGUUCCUCUGUUUUGAGUUCCUUCAGUGCUCUGAUGUCGUCCGUCCCGCUGGUGCUGUGUAAUGGUCCAGGGACGUGUGUCCCACUGUGUGCCACUGGGCUGCUCCUGGGCGUCCUGGGACUAAAAAGGGUCUUAAUCAUCUAUGUAGAAAGCAUCUGUUGUGUGAAGACACUGUCUCUAUCCGGGAAGAUCCUCUACUACUUUUCUGACUACUUCUUUGUGCAGUGGGCAUCACUGAGAGACACAUACCCGAAGGCCGUCUACUUAGGGAGACUGGGGUGAAGAGAAAUCCCUAAGACUUUUUCAUGUCUUUAUGAUUUCGUAUUUGUAUUGAGAAUUACAUGCAUUUUGAUGCUGUUCUUCACAUUCGAUUCAUUCCUAUGCAGUUACUGACAUGCUAAGUACACAACUAUGACAACUCUCUCAGAGUUUUGUUUUUUUAAGCCAGACGGUCAUGAUAGGCUGAUGAAAUGUCCUGUUCUACACACCUGCUCUGUCUUUUACGCCUCUGAAAGUCAACAAAAUUAAAGCGAGCAAAGUUUAUACACGCGCACCACUGCAUGCUAAACAAUAUUUGUCUUUUUAUCACAGGUUUGUCCAUUUCAAGGUUAUGUUAUCAGUCAGUUAAAUGGAAGACUUUUUUUAUUUAUUUAGAUUUUGACACCUCAUUCUUUUUCUUGUACUCAUCUGUUCAUCUUGUUACUAGAGAUGAGACGGCACUCUAAAACCUGUAGCAUGAGGUUUCUUUUGUGUCCCAGAGCAAGUUCAUAUGGAAUAAUUCACCCAUAAAUUAUCGUUUUAAUUCCCCUCAGGCCUAUCAAGAUGUAGAUGACUUUGUUUAUUCAUCCCAACAGAUUGGGAGAAAUGUAGCAUUACAACACUUGCUUGUAUUACAACACCAAUGGAUCUCUUGUAGUCAAUGGGUGCCGUCAGAAUGAGAGUCCAAACAGCUGAUAAAAACACAAUGAUCUACAAGAAAUCCACACCACUCCAGUCCAUCAGUUAUCAUCUUUUGAAGUGAAAAUGUGACCAUUUAUGGAAGUCUUUAUAGUGAAGAACAUGAAUCCAUAUUGAGUCUGAAAUUAUCAUAAAACUGUAAACUAUUAAACUUGCUUACUGACCUCAGUUAUAUCUCUAGUCAUAAAUUCUCUAGAGUCUUAUCUGGAAACAAUUCAUUGUUUAAUCUCUCACUGGCUGAUACCAUCAUCAAUAUAGUCGAUAUCUUUCCCAGUCGAUCUGACAGAAUCUUCAUUAAAUUUCAUUCUUAUAUUUAAUGUUGCAUUUGAUUUUUAGCUGACAAAGGGCCUUCAGCGUCUGAUAAAAUAGGUCAUGUUGUCAGAUAAAUCACAAAGCGAAGCUCAAAACUUUCUGGCAUUUUGUUUGUAUCUAUGUAAUUAGAAACAAAAUCAACCUUAGAGAAAAAGUCUUUCUUCACGCUGCACAGGUUGAGUGACAGCAAGAGAUACUGAUCUCCUCAGACAAACCACCUCCAUGAUAGCUGUUUUUUUCCUCAUGUUGUUUUCACUUCAACCUUUCAGACAAAAAUAACCCUGACAUCAGAGCCCCACCCAGCACGUCACACUCAAAGCAUCAACUGGUCAUUUCAAGCUACUUGACAAUACAGAACAUGAAACACAAACUGGAUCUGUACACUUAGCCUGUGUUGUGUGUUUUAUGAUAGACAUUGUUGAUGGAUUGAUUUCUGCUGAUAAAUUGUGGUUACUGGCAUUUUACCAUAGUUACUAUUACCGUAAAGGUGUCGUCUUAUUUGCUUUUUUAUUCUGUAUUAUGCAGACUUUAUGCACUUUUGGUUCACUUCUGUUUCUUUAAUUGUUUUAUUAUUAUUAUUACUAUAUGCUAAAUAAAUAAAGUGACUUGCCCCCAUGG